AUGACAAUAGUCUUUCACCUUGCUGAACAUCAUAAAGACGUAAAACCAGAAGAUACAUUAAUAAAGCAGGAUGUCCUGAGAUUAGGGGACUUCAGGUCGUGCCGGAGCUUCUACUCUAAGCAGCCUUACAGGGAGUACAUCUCUACCAGCUGGUACCGGGCCCUUGAGUGUCUCCUCACCGAUGGCUUCCAUAGCUACACGAUGGACCUGUGGAGUGCGGGCUGCGUGCUCUACAAGAUGGCCAGCCUGCAGCCCCUCUUCCCCGGAGCCAACGAACUGAUCCAGAUCUCAAGGAUCCACGACGUCAUGGGCACGCCUGCGGAACAGACCCUCACCAAGUUCAAACAGUCCUGA